CGAUAAACCAGAUGCAACCGCCGUGUUCCGUCCCGUCACCCCGCCCCCUUCGCCUGGUCCGUUCUCCUUCGGACUGUACAGAACGAAAGAAGAUGGCGGCGAAGCGAUACAAGGUGGUGCUGCUCGGCGAAGGCCGCGUGGGGAAGACUUCAAUCCUGGUGCGCUACAUUAAGAACGAGUACGACGACCGACAAGUGUCGACGUUGCAAGCAUCGUACUUGGACAAGAAGUUGUCGGUGGACAACAACAACGUGCAGCUCUCGAUCUGGGACACCGCGGGGCAAGAACGGUUCCAUGCGUUGGGCCCGAUCUACUACCGUGACGCUGAUGGGGCGCUUCUUGUAUACGAUAUCACGGACGAAGAAUCGUUCCAAAAGGUCAAGACGUGGGUAAAAGAACUCCGGCGCAUUGUCGGCGACGACAUCGACAUCACCAUCGCCGGGAACAAGAUCGACUUGCAUCGUAACCGCAAGGUCACGGAAGCCGACGCCGUCAAGUAUGCGCAGUCGGUGAACGCGACCCAUUUCCACACGUCUGCUAAGCUGAACAAGGGCCUGGAUGAUGUGUUUGUCGACUUGUCCAAGCGCAUGUUGGCGCGGGGUGGGUCUCGGUCCAAGAAGAACAAGCAAAGCGCGCUAAUUGCCGACGACGAACCCGUGGCCGCGCCAUCCUAUGGACCAGGCAGCACCACAGAUGCGACUAGUCGGACUCGUGAUGGCGGCCGCAACACGAUUCAAAUCGUGGACGACGGACGCGGAUCCACGGGGCGCGGAGCGGCGACGGGGGGAGCUGCCGCCGCGGCAGGUGGAGGCAGCAACAGCAGCAACAGCAAGAAGGGUGGCUGCUGUUAAUAUUUACUUCGUUAAGAAUAUAGUGCGUGGUUGGCUCGUGGAAUAACAUACUUCAAGUACGAGCUGCUACGAUG